UAAUGAAUUCGCCGCAAAAAAUACGAAAACAAAAACUUGCAAAUGCUACCAAAUGUUGUGUAGCUGCUGUCACUUAAUUUAAAAAUUUAUGUGUUCCAAUAAGUGAAUUUGUGUGAAAUUAGUUUUACUACUUGGUAUCCAAAUGCAAAUUUUGUGAAAAGUUGGAAAUCAAUAGAGUGAAGUCAUGCCAAGCGAGAUAAUUACAUUGCAAUUGGGCCAGUGCGGCAAUCAAAUUGGCUUUGAGUUUUGGAAACGUUUGUGUCUCGAACAUGGUAUAUCACCCAGUGGUGUUUUGGAGGAUUUCGCCACUGAUGGUGUCGAUCGGAAGGACGUUUUCUUUUAUCAAGCAGAUGAUGAUCAUUAUAUACCGCGCGCAGUAUUACUGGAUUUAGAACCUCGCGUUAUACACUCUAUAAUGAGUUCACCAUAUGCAAAGCUCUACAAUCCAGAGAAUGUAUACUUGUCAAAACAUGGCGGCGGGGCUGGAAAUAAUUGGGCUUCCGGCUAUAGCCAAGGUGAAAAACUUCAGGAAGAAAUAUUCGAUAUUAUUGACCGCGAAGCAGAUGGUAGUGAUUCUUUGGAAGGCUUUGUACUCUGUCAUUCUAUAGCUGGCGGCACCGGCUCUGGAAUGGGAUCAUACAUAAUGGAACGUUUGUCGGAUCGCUUCCCUAAAAAACUGAUACAAACAUACAGCGUCUUCCCUAAUCAGGAUGAGAUCAGCGAUGUUGUUGUCCAACCAUACAACUCGAUGUUGACACUUCGUCGGCUAACUAGUUGCGCUGACUGUGUUGUAGUACUGGACAAUACCGCACUAAAUCGUAUAGCCACUGACCGCUUGCAUAUACAAAAUCCAAGCUUUACGCAAAUAAACACCUUGGUUUCGACCAUAAUGUCUGUCAGCACCACAACCCUACGUUAUCCCUCUUAUAUGAAUAAUAACCUCAUAGGAUUGACAGCACCGCUAAUACCAACACCACAAUUGCACUUCCUGAUGACUGGUUAUACGCCAUUAACAACGGAUAACGAUCAAACUGUAAAUGUGCGAAAAACUACCGUAUUGGACGUCAUGCGUCGUCUGCUGCAACCCAAAAAUAUGAUGGUAUCUACUGGCCCUGACAAAACUAAUCAUCACUGUUACAUAUCUAUAUUAAAUAUAAUACAAGGCGAAGUAGAUCCUACACAAGUGCACAAGUCGUUGCAACGCAUACGUGAGCGUAAAUUAGCCCAGUUUAUUCCAUGGGGUCCCGCAAGUAUUCAAGUAGCCUUAUCACGCUCCUCGCCCUACGUACAAAGUAGCCACCGUGUUUCGGGACUAAUGCUUGCUAAUCACACAAGCAUUUGUUCGCUUUUCGAACGUGCGCUUGGACAGUACGACAAGCUUAAAAAACGUGGCGCCUUCUUGGACCAAUUUAGACGUGAAGAUAUUUUCAAAGACGAUUUAUCUGAAUUGGAUGAUUCGCGCGACGUUGUAGAUUGUUUAGUGCAGGAGUAUGAAGCCGCAACGCAGCCAAAUUACUUGCAGUGGUCGGCGAAAAAAGGUCAAGAAGAUGGGAAUUAAUUUAGGAAGAAAUAUGUCUAGCGCAUAGAAAGUUAUAUGUUCUUUGUUGCCAUAAAAAUUAAUUAAGAAAUUGCAGUUUCAAAUUAGAAAUAUAUUCAAAGUAUUAAAGACAAAGCACAGGAUCAAAUAAGUAUAA